UGUUCCAGCGAGCACCAGCUGCUCGGCACUCCGGGCUCCGCUGCUCCGCUCCGCGCCCCGCCGGCCUCCCCGCCGCUCCAACUUUUACACCCUCUGCUCCCUCAUCCCCUGCUCCUGCCCCCGGAGCUGGGAAGGGACAGACGGAAGCGGGGAGGGGAAAAAGAAAAAAAAAAAAAAAUUAGAAGGCACCGACAAUAACAGCCCCCCCUCCCCCUCCCCAUUCAAAAACACAACAUAAACCCCAGGGAUAGAUGAACUACAAAUGAGAAAGAGGAAAAGAUGGAACUGCACAUCCUAGAGCACAGGCUCAGAGUGGCCAGCAUAGCCAAGGAGAGCAUCCAGUUGUUUACCUAUGGAUUAAUCAAACUUGCUUUCCUGUCCUCUAAGACGAGAUGCAAGUUCUUCAGCCUCACAGAAACCCCUGAGGACUACACCAUCAUUGUGGAUGAAGAGGGCUUCCUAGAGCUUCCUUCCUCGGAACACUUGAGCGUGGCCGAUGCAACAUGGCUUGCCCUCAACGUGGUGUCUGGUGGAGGUGGCUUCUCCAGCUCCCAGCCCAUCGGAGUGACCAAAAUUGCCAAGUCAGUCAUAGCACCCCUAGCUGACCAAAACAUCUCAGUGUUUAUGCUCUCCACCUAUCAGACGGACUUCAUCCUGGUGCGUGAGCGAGACCUGCCCUUCGUGAUGCACACGCUGGCUGCCGAGUUCACCAUCCUCAGAGUAGUGAAUGGGGAGACAGUGGCUGCUGAUGACUUUGGGGUAACAAAUGGAUUUGUCAAACCAAAACUAGUUCAGAGGCCUGUCAUUCAUCCUCUUUCCAGCCCAAGUAAUAUGUUCUGUGUCACCAGCCUGGAUCCAGAUACCCUUCCCACUGUUGCUACACUCCUGAUGGAUGUCAUGUUUUACUCCAAUGGAGUAAAAGACUCAGUGGUGGGCAACGAAGACUCGGGACAUAUUCGCUUUUUCUCCUUUUCUCUCAUUGAGGGUUACAUCUCCCUGGUCAUGGAUGUCCAGACACAGCAGAGAUUUCCUAAUAAUUUGUUGUUUACAAGUGCAUCUGGUGAGCUCUGGAAGAUGGUGAGGAUUGGUGGGCAGCCUCUUGGCUUUGAUGAAUGUGGAAUUGUCGCUCAGAUUUCUGAGCCUUUGGCUGCAGCUGACAUCCCAGCCUACUACAUCAGUACUUUUAAGUUUGAUCACGCCUUGGUACCUGAAGAAAAUAUAAAUGGUGUGGUCAAUGCACUCCAAGUCAGUCAAGCUGAAAAGCAUUAGAAAUCUUCUGAGCUGGUUCCAGAUGCUUUUUAUUAUUCUAAUAAUAAUAAUUAUUAUUAUUAUUCUUUUUUUCUCACAGUAUUUCUUGAAAAAUCUGAUUACAGAGAGUGACAUGAAAAGAGACUGUGGAAAGUUGAGCAGAAACAGCUCCAAUAAGCCUUUGUUUUAAUUAUUAUUAUUAUUGUUAUUAUUAUUAUUAUUAUUGUUAUUUUAUUAAAUUUAUGAAUGAGGGGCAGGAGGAAAGGGAGUUUGUAUGGUUUCCUGAUGUUCAGCUCCAAGGUGAAGUGAACCCUGGCUGUGCUCAGUGUGGAAGGAGCUGCCUGGGGGACACCCAGGGACACCCAGCACAGAUGGCCCUGGGCACACUGUGAGAGCAGUGAGGUGGCUCAAGAGCAGAUGGACAGACUGCUGCCUCAGAGAGCCCUGAAAACCAGAAACAAAGUGAAAUAUGGAAUUAAACAGAAAAGACCUGGCAUAGUACUGGCUUGUCUCCUUGCAUCAGACUUCUGAGGACUGUCCAUCACUGCCUGUGUUGAGAUAGGAUGCAAAGGGUUCUGUUUCUCUUGACAGAACAAUUUGGUGUUGGAAAAGAGGAAAAUAUCCAAUUGUUUGACACUUCCCCUUUUUCUUUCUCCCUGCAGUCAAAGCCUGGCUGCUCUGAGAAAGCCUGGGCAGGGGGAGCCCAGCUCUGGCCAGCUCCUGGCAGUGGUGUCACCCAGACUUGGUCUGCAUUGAAACUUGGCUGCUUUGGGUCAGUUUUUUCCAGUCCCUCCCUCACUGCUCUGAGUAUUCUCCUGCCUUCUCCCCUGCUCCAGGAGUGCUGUUGUCCCCUUGGCCCACAUCAGAGCCUUCCCCCAGCCCUUGUUGUUCCUCAGGGCCUGCAAGAGGAGGAAGGCCUCUUUUCUCCUGUCCCCUCAGGCUUUUCCCAUCCAGUGUGCACUCAAGGGGAAAUAAAGGAUUGCCCAGGGUCCCUGGGUAGCUGCUCUUGCACAUCCAGGCCACCUUGGCCAAGAGCCACAACUCUGCCAGGGCCAGGAGGUGCCUGAGUCUUGUGGGGACCCUCCUGCAGUUUUUCAUCACACAGGUGGAAAUUGCUGCUGACUGGGGAAAGCAGAAUGGUGCUGAAAAUGCCUCAAACCUGCUGGCAUCUGCUCCUGCACAGAAGAUGAUGGGGUUUUUCCCAUGGGGAAGCAGCAGUGUGUUUUCUUCUGGCUUGUACCACGGCUGAGGGCCAGCAGGAGCCUGGCACCAAGGCCCACAGUGGCACCUGUGUCCUGCUGGUGCCCUGGCCACUGCCAGCACUGUGCAGGACAGCAGAGAACAGUGCUGGGACAGAAGUGUUACCCAGGGUGUGGGUGCCAGCACUCUGCCCCACUGUGACCAUGCAGAAGGGCUGCUGAGAGGAGGAGCUGCCUGCAGAGGACCUUGCUGCUGUGAUAACCAGCCCCAGUUUAUCUUGCAUUUCUUACCUUCUUCCACUUCAGGCUUGACAUAAAGAAUUUGCAGAUCUUGCUGUUUUCCUGAGGGCUUUCCAGCCAUGCUUCAGAGACAGCCCCUGGCAGGAUUGCCCUGAGGCUGUGCCAUAUCCAGCUGUGAGCCAGGGUUUUGCACUCAUCUGGAGGCAGUAAGCAAACAGCUGGGAUCAUGCCAUGGGCAUGGUUUUACUGGUGUGUAGGACAAGCAAACACACACACAGACACAGCUGCUUGAUUAGUUCUGCAUUCACAGUACUGGAGGGCCAAGUAGUUAUGGUUUCUGAUGCUGCUGGAUUCAAACUGAGUUUCAAAUCUGAUUUUUCACCAGUGGGAUGUUAUGUGGCAUCUAGACAAGGAGUAAGAGCAUCCUUGGGAAAAAGCAUGGAUGAGUUUCCUUGGCUGGCCCUACAGGAGCUGAAGCAUCCCUGCUGAGGAGCACUGAGGCACACGUUCAGUGCUUUACCAAACAGGAUGUCCUGCUGUUCCUUACGUGGGUUUUCACAAUUGCCCCAUGAUAUGUUGAUAUUCACUCCAGAUUUCUGGACUAAAGGUUUGUUCUAGAUGUGGCACUGUGCAUCUCUGGGUGUUUGUUUGGAAAGGUGCUUUGCUCUCCUGCCAAGGACACAGGCACAGGCUGUCAGUGCAGUGCUGAACACAUCUGGAGGUGUUUGCUGUGGCUCUGCCCAGUGCUGUGGGCACUGAGCUGGGCUGGCAGCAAGGCCAGUGGUGGCUUCUCACCCCAGAUGUUGUCAGAGGGUUUCUCCUUGGCAUGGCAGAUUGGCAGCAUGGCUGGGGAAGGGAUGUUGAGUUGCUGUUCAGCUGCUGAGUUGCCAGCCAAGUUUCUGCUCAGCUGAGUUGAGUCUGAGCUUUUGCUGUGUGCAGGGAUGGUGUCACCAUGCCAGAGCCAUCAGGACAGGUUUUCCUUCUGCUCUGGGGUUCUGUCAGCCUUUGGGAAAUGCCAGUUUUGGCUUCAGAGAGUACCAAGUGUUGCUGUGCAUGUGCCAGUGCUGCUUCCAAAGGACUUCAGCAUGGAUGGGAAGGAACUGACUUGAAACAAGCAACAAAUUUACUGAGCCUUAAAUGAAAGAAAAAAAAAGGUUUAAUUUUCUAACAUUGCACUCAGGCUAUUGUAGAGGCUGAAAUUUAUUUUUUUUCCCAAGGGAAUCAGCCUUAUAUUUGUGAAAUCUGUAGAAAGUGCUAUGGUAUUUCAAACCUCCCAAAGGAAAGUUGAUGUCCCAACAUAGAAGAGUUGGCCUGAAAAAUUCACAGGGUGUAAAAUGACAUUGAGGGACUCUGACACUGCCACCAUCCUUGGCUUCACCUUUUUAUUUCCUUGUAUUGUUUUGUCCUGACAUCCAAGAAAAUUGUUUCAGACAACUUGAUGCUUUCCCUUUAGUGUCCCUUUCAUAUUUUUUCUGGUGGGAACUGAGAUACUCCAACUGUGGCCAUCAUUGGUGGAACCUUGUCCCUGCAGCAGCCUGCAGUCAGGAUCAGUGCAAUCUUGCACAGCAGUGCUGCAUGUGAGACCUGCACUGCAGGAAGGGCUCUGUGGGGGCUUUGUUAAAUAUUUUCAUAGUAAUAAUAAUCUCACCACACUAUUGACACCCCAGUGCUGAGUGAACCCAAUGUAGGGGGGGCUCUUAAAGCUGCUCCACAGUUCCCCUCUCUCAGCACCCAACCUUUGGGGUGGGGAAGAAGUUGAAGAGUCUUUUCCUUUUUUUCCUUAUGAUAAUACAUCUGAGUAUCCCUGACAUUUUGCUGUUCAGUACUGUGUGGAUAAAGGAGGAACAUGUCUCAGGGGGCACCCUUGGGCUGGGUGCCUGGAUUACCUGCAGCUGCCAGUGCUGCCCUCAGCAUCCCUGUUCACUCUCUGGGCAGUUCCACCUGGCCAUGGCUGCUCUAAUGAGGGAUUACCUCAAUGCUGCAGGGCCCUCCCUGUGCCCUCUCCUCUCUGGUUGCACAAAAUUCACCAAACAGCAAAAUGCAGAAGUGUUUCCAGCCCUGCAGGAAGGGGUAGGCAGGGGAGGAGAGCAUGGCCUUCAUGCAUCCUCCUUCUUUCUCCAAGGCCUUUAUUUUCUUAGAAGCCUCAAUCUUUCCAAGCUGUGUUAUUAAAUAGGGUUUUGUCUUUCUCCUUCAACCCAAUUAGAA